CUAUGCCAGAACCUAUGCUGCUGCACGUAAAAUCCACUCGUUUAACAAACAUUAGCCAUAUGCGUUGUUUGUUUAUAAACGUCUUCUGAUAUUGCAAACAAGUAAGAAACUUUUACUGUUUUGAAACUAGGUGAGAAGUACGAUAGAGGAGAUAAUGGACAAGUUGCCGGAACGGUUUCCAGUAGCUGAAAUGAUGGCGAAGGUUGAAGACAGGAAUCCGUACAUUAUAGUCGCUUUCCAAGAAUGCGAAAGAAUGAACAAUUUAACCAAUGAGAUGAAGAGGUCGUUGAAAGAACUUGACCUAGGUUUGAAGGGAGAGCUCACUAUAACAAGUGAUAUGGAAGAAUUGGACCAAUCUCUGUUCAUGGACAAUGUACCAGAUUCGUGGGCUUCUAAAGCAUAUCCAAGUUUGUUGCCUUUGGCGCAGUGGGUUGGAGAUCUUUCGUCCAGAAUUAAGGAAUUAGAAGGAUGGACGACAGAUUUCUCGAUGCCGCCAGCGGUAUGGCUAGGUGGAUUUUUCAACCCUCAAUCAUUUCUUACCGCCAUUAUGCAGCAAACUGCCAGGAAGAACGAGUGGCCAUUGGACAAGAUGUGUUUGAUGACAGACGUGACGAAAAAACAGAAGGAUGAGUUUAAUUCUGCACCGAGAGAGGGUGCUUAUGUGCAUGGACUUUACAUGGAAGGUGCAAGAUGGGAUAUCCAGCUUAACAGUAUAGCCGAUUCAAAAUUGAAAGAACUAUUCCCAGUAGUGCCGGUAAUAUUUAUCAAAGCCAUAACCCAGGAUAAGCAAGACCUGAGGAACAUGUACGAUUGCCCAGUGUACAAAACCAGAAUGCGAGGUCCAACUUUUGUGUGGACGUUCAACUUGAAGACAAAAGAGAAGGCUCUGAAAUGGACAUUGGCAGGAGUGGCCAUCUUAUUACAAAUUUGAUUUGUUGUUUUGGUUUUGUUAGGAUACUUUAUAUAGUUUAUUAAAGUGUGCUAUUUGAAAUCUUA